AUGGGUCUGCCGCACAGUCCUGGACACGGCCCAGGGGACAGCCACGCUCUACUCACCCUAGAAGAGAUCUACUGGAGGGCCAUCCAGAGUGCAGGUCAAACUUCCAGUGCUCUGAGUCGGUCUGGAGGACCGACGAUUCUAGGGGAGGCUGUUUCUCUUCGUCAGCAACAGAGGGAGCUGACGGAACGUGGAAUGACUUUUGAAAGUGCCGACUCCUGCUUCCAGCAGCGCUGGGGGAAAGCGGGGAAGGUAACACCUCAGAUGCUUAAGAAAUUCUCUGUCACAAAAAUUACUCUACCUAGCAGUCAUGCUGCAGCAGGUUUGGAAGGCAGGAAUACCAGGAGAGCUGAAAUGGAAAAUUUAUUCUUUGUAGUGAGCAGUAUCCAUGCAGUUUUGGACCUUAAAUCUAUGUUUCAGCUACCCACCUUCAUUAGUGAAGAAGUUUCCCUUCAGUACAAAAUUGACUUCUUGUGUGAACCAUUGGUUCCAAUGGUCCCGGAGGCUGCAUAUAGCAUUGCAGAAAGUGGUGAUGUGAAGGUCUGGGAAAAUACUGGUUGCAUCUGAAAAGGAUGUCAAGAGAGGACCCAGAACGAGCUUAGGAGUGUUACCACCAUGAAGCCAUCCACGCCUUUGGAGCAAGAAGUGAGGCUUCUAAUUUUUAGUAGCUUUCUUCUAGAGCUAAAUGUACUUGGCUGGAGCCUCGAGAGUCUUAUUGCUGUCACUGUAGAACAGCAAUGGAAUGGAUGCACUCUUUAUUUGAAAGCUGUUGAAGGCAUUGAUUUGAAUUCUAGUUCCAAACACAUUUAAUGUCUGGCUUGGAUAAAAGGAAUGUGCCUUGCAGUUUGGAUCAGUGAUGGAGAAAUGCAACUGUGGAACAUUGAAACCAGAAAGAUGUUGAGAAACAUGUUUGGCCACCUGUCUAUAAUUGAGGCUGGAAUCAUUCUGUCUUUUCUCGUCUGCAGUGGUUCACUGCUAGGAUUUGUCCACCAUCGUGAAGUUCAGGUUGCUCAACACCGUGCUGGGAUUCUUUGUCCAAACAAACAAACAGUUUGCAGCCUGAAAUUGUCACUAGCCAACCUGUUGCUGGCAAUUUGGUCUAGAGGUGGUACAUUGAAGACCUGGCCCAGCAACCCUGGGUGGCAGUCACAAGUCCUUGCUACACGAGGUGGAAUGAAAGAUGGGAUUUUGCGUGUCUGGCACAUGAAUUGUGAGAAAAUCAUCCAAAGUGCAGUUACAGAUUUGCAGCUCUGUACUGUUCUAUGGUGCUGUAGGGCUACACCAAAUGCAGAGGUUGUUUCUUGCCUCCUUGUCUCUGGUGCUAUUCAUGAACAGAAAAGACCAGAUCAUUGCUACACAGACACCUUCCUGCUUAUAAAGAUUCCUAAUAACUUACUGUAA